AUGGCGAGUCCGCCGAGCGACGCCGGCCCCCCACUCCCGGCCGCCGGCGUGAAGAAGUGCGGCUACCUACGGAAGCAUAAACACGGACACAAACGAUUCUUCGUGCUCCGGGAGCCCGGCGAGGGCUGCCCUGCCCGGCUGGAGUACUACGAGAGCGAGAAGAAAUGGAGGAAUAAGUCCGCCGCCAAGAGGGUCAUCCCGCUGGACUGCUGCCUGAACGUCAACAAGCGAGCGGACGCCAAACACAAAUACCUCAUCGCGCUCUACACCAAGGACGAGUACUUUGCCGUGGCCGCUGACAGCGAGGGCGAGCAGGAGGGCUGGUACCGCGGGCUGACGGAUUUAAUCGCGGAGGGGAGAGAGUUCGAUGGCUCGGCGUCCAACUCCGCGUCCUCGCUGGUGGGCUUCGACGAAGCGAGCUACGGGGUGAUCACGCCGGUCAGCGCCGCCUAUAAGGAGGUAUGGCAGGUCAACAUGAAGUCAAAAGGCUUGGGGCAGAGCAGGAAUUUAACUGGGGUCUACAGACUCUGUUUAUCCAGUCGGACUAUAAGUUUUGUCAAGCUCAACACGGAGGUGGCCUCAGUCAUUUUGCAGCUGAUGAACAUCCGGAGGUGCGGCCACUCUGACAGCUUCUUCUUCAUCGAGGUGGGUCGCUCCGCAGCCACCGGACCCGGCGAGCUUUGGAUGCAAGCUGACGAUUCGGUGGUGGCACAGAACAUCCACGAAACAAUCCUGGAGGCCAUGAAAGCCAUGAAGGAGCUAUCGGAAUUCCGCCCCCGGAGCAAAAGCCAGUCAUCAGGUACCAACCCCAUCUCUGUGCCCACGAGGCGGCAUCUGAACCACCUUCCCCCGAGCCAGACCGGUCUCCUCCGGAGAUCUCGCACCGACAGCAUGGCCACGACCUCGCCUGUGGGGAAAUUUUCUUCCUGUCGGAUACGCACGGCCAGCGAGGGCGACGGCACCAUGACACGCCCUAUGUCGGUGAACGGGAGCCCCCUCAGCCCGGGGGUCCACCGCACCCUCCUGAGCAGGUCUCACACCAUCACGGCACGCCCGUGUCGGACGUUCGAAUCUUCCUCCCUGCAGCACAGUAAGUCCAUGUCUAUGCCUCUGUCUCAUUCUCCGCCAAUGGCCGCCCCCAGCCUCGCGAGCCUCUCCUCGUGUCCAGAUGGAGGCGCGCCGCGUCCCUCCAGCUGCAGUGCCUCUUUUUCGGGCUCCCCGAGUGACGCCGGUUUCAUAUCGUGCGAAGAGUACGGCUCCAGCCCCGCGUACGGUAGCAAUACCCCGGAGUCUCUCCGAGCUGACACCCCCCCUUCCCGGGACGGCAGCAGGCUCGAUGGCUACAUGGUGAUGGAACAACAGAACCAUCGGUGGUUUCCGGAGUUGGACAAGGCUUAUCGGAAACGCACGUACUCCUUGACGACCCCCCGCCAGCAGAGGUGUCUCCCCCAAGUGUCUUCGGCUUCCCUGGACGAGUACACCCUAAUGAGGGCCACUUACACCAGUGGUAGCCAGACUUCUCGCAGGUGCCUCACAGCCUCUCCUAAAGGAACAUUUCCUGACGAGUGCAGGGACGUCCAGGCUGGUUCAAACUGUCCUCAGGGCGACAGUGGUUACAUGCCUAUGAUGCCGGGCGUGGCACAUAACGCAUCAGGAGCCAAAAAUGACCCCUACAUGCCUAUGAGCCCCAUGUGUGUCUCUGCUCCGAAGCAGAUAAUCAACCCCCGAUCUCACCCCUCCUUUGCUGCAGGGCAGGCCCUGCACACUGACUCCCCGGGCAGCAUUUCCCUCGAGGAUAACGGCUACAUGCGCAUGUGGUGCGGAAUCAAAAUGUCAAUGGAGAGCAAUGAUGGAAAACUGACAAAUGGAGAAUACCUGAACAUGUCUCCUGUCGACCAUUUGUUAGCCCUCAUGCCCCGAGAACACAUCCUUACUUCUUCUGGAGGAGAGCAACAACACAGACAGCCUUAUUCAUAUUCUUCACUUAAAGGCCAAUUGCAGCGCAACGGCUCGACUGACACAGACCAAUAUGUGGUGAUGUGUUUACAGAGACAGCGGAUAGAAGAGGAGUCCAACUACUGUCCCGUUUCAACAGGUGACUCUGUGACACCGGGCACCCCCUCAUCUGCCACCCCUCCUCUCAGAGGAGCUCGGAGUGAUGGAGGUCUGGUGCACAGAAGUAGGGCGUGUCGACCCACCCGCCUGGCCCUGGAUUCUCUAAGAACCUUACCAUGUAUGAGUGAACACCCGCUCCCUUCUGAGCCGCGCAGCCCGGGGGAGUAUAUUAACAUUGACUUCAGUGGCGCUUCCAGUGAUGCGGCGGCAUCUGAAGCAUCUGAAGACUUAAAGCGCACUGACGCGGGUUCACCACCGCUCUCUGAUUAUGUUAAUGUGGACCUUGCCUCCCCUAAAUCUGCGGUUUCCUCCCCUGGAGGAAGUCUGAACCGGAAGGAAGAUGGCAAAGACGCAGAUGGACAGGCAGAGGCGAGCGAGGUGCUGGAUGAAUAUCCUCUCCAGCAUCACUUAACUCUGACGUGUCAGCCUGCCGCAAUCAAGGACGACUACACCGAGAUGACGUUUGGUCCUUUUGGCGCCGACACCAACGCCCCCCUCGCUGCUAGCCCCGCCACGUGUGUCCAGAGACUGAGUCUCGACAGCAGCCUAGUGGCGGACACUGUAACGGCAGCACCAGUGGAUUCUUUUCUCCUCGGGGGACCCUCCCUCAACGUGCCGCUCGCAGAUCCGCACCGGGGUGCCAAAGUUAUCCGCGCUGACCCUCAGGGACGUCGGCGGCACAGCUCCGAGACCUUUUCCUCUACCACCACCGUCACACCCGUGUGCCCGUCCUUCGCCCACGACACCAAGCGCCACAGCUCGGCCUCGGUGGAAAAUGUUUCCCACGGCGCGCGCGGUUCGGAGGGAUCUGAUGAGGACUACGGCGGCAGCGCCCCCAUGUGCAGGGAGACGUCUGCGGGCUAUCAGAACGGACUCAACUACAUUGCCUUAAACUUGAUGGAGGGCACCCUCGGAGGGUGCCGGUUAGGGGGCUGUGACGGACUCCUGAGAUUCAAAAGCGCCUGUGGAUGCAAGGGCGGCAUGAACGGCUUCAACUCCAGCCCUUACGCCAGCCUGGGAUUCAAGGAGACGACCGCCGCCGCUGUGAAAGAGUUCAGCUGUGUUUUCCACUGGGACAGAAAGCGACACUGUGGCGACUGCAUGAAUGAGGAUGAAGGAGAUGUUGGAGGGGCAUUUGAGGGGUUUCAUUUUGGGGGGACGAAUGAAGGCCACUGGCUCCGCCCCCCUCCUCCUUCCCUGAGCGAUGACGUCACGCGGGCAACAGCUGGACCGCAGGCCGCUGCCCACAUGUCCUUUGACCCUUCACCGCCAUCGCCUCGGCAACAAGGACACUUGACCUUUGGCCCCGAAUCUUCCCUCGGCGCCGUCCGUAAGACAAAGAGCGGCUGGAGAAGGGCGGAGCUUAAGAUGAGAUGUGGGAAUGUGCGGGAAGCGAAGGGGGAUGAGCUCAUGGCCACCGCCCACUCUGGCACUGUGAGUCACUAUUUGACAGGUGCGCGUCGGUGUCUGCGGGUCAACUCAGGGCGUGUCGUCCCGGCUAAGCCCGACAAGUUUCCUCAGGCUCAGGUGAAGCCGUUCAUCGCAGCUGCUCUCCGCCUCCGCACAUCAAAGGAGAGCUGUGCACGACUGGCUGAGGUUCAUACGGGGCGAGCCAAUGACAAGCGGGGUGUUACGCAAGGCUUGGCUCUAGCACAAAGCAGGCUAACAGCUGUAAUGAAAAGCAGAGACGAAGUGUUGGUGAAAAACAGCAACCCAUCGGAGGAGAAUCUGUAG